ACUUCUAUCCGAACGAAGCAGACUACACCUGAAAACACAGAGCUUGUCUAUAAAACGAAAAAGUUUCAGCUCGACGUGCCACUAUAUAUAUAUAUAUAUAUCAAGAUCAGGAUGCGAAAGGUGCAAGUUUUGGUCCAGACGCGCGAUGGCAAGAAGACCGUCUACGAGGUGGAUCGCUUCGAAACGGUGGCCAGCCUAAAGGCACGGAUCGGGCGAGCCAUGUCCGUGCCCAUGGGCUUCAGUCGGCUGUCCCACAAGGGUCGCGAGCUGUCCAAUCAGAGCGUACUGGAGGAUUUGGGCCCCUGUAAGUCCACCGUGGAUCUCACCUGGAAGCCGGUCGUCCUGGCGACCAAGCCGGGCGGCAAAUUCAACAAGUUCGGCAAUGGCAGGAUGGACGAUAGUGAAAUGUUUACAUUGAUCGGCGGUUACCAGCAACGCCAUGAACACACUGGUGGCAUAGCCAAUCCACCGGACGGCGUCAGUCAACGAAACUUCAACGCAGAUGACGAUGAUGAACCGGAGGACCAAGACUUGACUGAAAUCGAUUUGUCCUCAUCUGAAACCGAUGAUUUACCGGUCAACGGACAGACGGAGCUGGAGCUGGAGCCAUUUGCUCCAUUGGAUCUCGUGGAUUCUCUGGAUGUCAAGAUGAAGGCCACGAAAAACGACAAUGAGAAGUAGACUGUUAUAAAGCUUUAGUCCUCAUUUCAUUUCGAAAUUCCUUUAAACCAAACGCUUUUUAAUUUUUGAUUUGGAAUCUAAAUUUACGAUGCAAGCAUAAAUAAUAAACCUUUAGUCGAUUUUAUCUAUGAUGGAAUCUAACA